AAAAAGUGGACUAAGAAAAAUCACUCUCCUAAUUAUAUUCCAAAUUCUGUCAAUUCAUCUACUUAAAAGCUGCAAAGAGCCAUUUCGUGCUUAAAUAAUUCUUCAUUCUUCAUCAGUUUCGCCCCUCAACAAGAAAUCUUCCGUUCUUCUGCCUCACUGGAACAAUGCCAGAGAAAAUAACAGCUGAAAGCAUUUUAAGCAACAUUGUGGAGACCCUUGCUGAGAGUGUUCCAAAGCAGAAGUCUGUGUCAUUUAUUGAGGAAGAGAAGACAGACUCUGUAAAAUCACGUUUCAAUCGGCUGUUUGGACGCCAGAAUCCUAUCCACCAUCUCUUGGGUGGCGGAAAAUCUGCUGAUGUUUUGUUAUGGAGGAACAAGAAGAUCUCAGCUAGUGUUUUAACUGCUGCAACUGCAAUCUGGAUUCUUUUUGAAUGGCUCAACUACCAUUUUCUGACUCUUCUGAGCCUUGCUUUGGUUCUUGGUAUGCUUGCACAGUUUAUUUGGUCAAAUGCUUCAGGCUUAAUGAACAGGUCACCAUCUAAGGUUCCACGACUUGUUUUGCCAAAUGACUUAUUUGUCAAUGUUGGAAGAUCAUUGGGUGCUGAGAUUAACCGAGCUUUGCAGUUUCUUCAGGAUGUUGCAUGUCGUGGAAGUCUGAAACAAUUUCUUGUGGUCGUGCUAUGCUUGUGGGCUGCUGCUGUUAUAGGUAGCUGGUGCAACUUUCUGACUGUCUUUUACAUUGGUUUCGUUGCGGCCCACACAUUACCAGUCCUUUAUGAGAGGUAUGAAGAUCAAGUUGACAACUUCUUCUACAGUGUAUUUGAACAGCUUCAGAAUCACUAUAGAAAGUUGGACGCUGGUGUCCUUAGCAAGAUCCCCAGGGGAAAGUUCAAGGCAAGGAAGUAUGAAUAAAGUCAUCUGGUAUGGAUUAGAUUUCUUCAGACAGCAACCUAUGUUAUUUGCAUGAGAAAAAAAUAAAAAAAAAAAUAAAAAGAAAAAAAACCAGUAUUAUUUACAGUGGGGAAUAGACAGGUCUCCUAAGUGUUAACUAUGUAGUCUUAACUAUGUUGUAACAUAAUUCAUGGUUAUUAUUGUGGCAAUUGUCCUUGGACCUGGGAAUCAUAUAAGUGGAUCUCAAUCUCAGUAGCAAGUAUGCAUUUAAUAUUCUACUUG